AUGUUUCUUUUCAAGGGUAGAGACUUCCAUAUCAGGAUACUGUUACCGACGGAUUUUCAACUGAAGAAUGCAAGGAUAGAGUGUAGCUGGCACCUAAAGAAGAUACUGCACGGAUAUCGGCAUAUUUUAAAGCAGAGGUUGCACAGCUGUCCAGAUCUUGUCAGUUUUAUGGUGGAGCUGAAAACUAUUUUGGAAAUUGCUUUAAAGAAUACGCAAGACCUGCAUAUACCACGGCCGCCAGAAUACUACUCAGGUCUUGUCAGAGAUCUAGAAAUAUUGGGUUGGAAUACAGUUGCAUACGUCGAUACUGGUCUUGCCACAAUCAAGCUGAAAGCUGAAGACUCUUGUGGUCGACAGCAUCUCAUCACUCUGAAGUUAAAUGCAAAGUAUCCAACAGAACCACCGGAUUGCCUUGUGGAUUUUCCUGUUCAGUUUGCUAUUUCUUGGAUGCCACAGAACUCCUUAAUAGACAUUUAUAAUCAGUUCCUGGCGGCAUUAGAAUCACUGAAAGAAUUCUGGGAUGCCAUGGACGAAAUUGAUGGGAAGACGUGGGUGCUUGAGCCAGAAAAUCCCACACGGGGUGCUACAACAAGAAGAAUUGCAAUAGGGAACAACGUCUCGGUGAACAUAGAGGUAGACCCUCGGCAUCCAAACACGCUCCCCGAGUGUUACUUCCUUGGCGCAGACCACGUGGUUAACCCUUUGAGAAUUAAGCUGAACAACAACAUGCACUUAUGGGAUCCAGAAAUCAGUUUAUUACAAAACUUGAAAGACCUCUUAGAAAUUGAUUUUCCAUCUCGUGCUGUGUUAGAAAAAAGUGAUUUUACUAAGGACUGUGGAAUCUGCUAUGCCUAUCGCCUCGAUGGCGCUACUCCUGAUCAAGUGUGUGAUGAUCCCCGCUGCGGACAACCUUUUCACCAGGCUUGCCUGUAUGAGUGGCUACAAGGUCUUCCUUCUAGCAGACAGAGUUUUAAUGUCAUCUUUGGUGAAUGUCCGUAUUGUAACAAGGUAAGGAAAUCCAAUGAAAAGGAGUGA